CAAUACUCUAUAGCACAUGUCAGUAUCAUCCAGAUCCAAUCAGUGAAGAACAUGUUUCAAUAAUAAAAAGCUUACCUCAACACUCAACAGAGAAGAGAAGCCCCGGGCUCACGGCUGACGGCACGCAGAGAAUGAGACAGAGAAGCGAGCUCACCGAGAAGCACAGCAGUGAAGGCGAUCCACUGCGGAGGAGGACGACACGAGGAGCACGGACUGGCAGAGGCAGUGAAGAGGCGACAGGCGAGCGAGGGACGCUCAAGAGCCGGCGAGACGACGGAAAGGAGCCGACGAGAGGCUCGGCGACGAGGCGGCGACCAUGGGGUGGCGGUGAAAGCUCUAGCUGCGGCUGCCGUUCUGCCUUUUAGUUCAAGUGAGAGAGUAAGGCUCUGCCACUGUUCCUUCGAUCAGGUACAUUGUAAUGAAGUAAAAGUGCCCAAAUGGCAGAGAUUUCAUCAUAUAUAAUCUUAUACAAAUAUUUUAGCUUCAGGUAAAAGGUUCACAGAUGUUCCAGAUUUCGUUGUACAUGUAUAUGUAUAUGGAGAUGUGUAAAGUGGAUUAAUGUGUUGGGAAGCAGUAGUGUUUUGUGAUUUCAGCUUUCAUGUUAAUUGAUGCAGUCAACUUGGUCUUGGGCAAGAAGCUUGGCUCUGACUUGGUUGAAAGGCUGAAGAUUUCUCUGCAUGCUGCUGAAGUUCUGGUUGGUGAUGCUGAGUACAAGCAACUUGACAACCAACAUGUUAGGGACUGGCUCCACAGUCUCAGGGAUGCUGUUUACAUGGCAGAUGACUUGCUGGAUGCUGUCUUUACCAACGCCGCGACUCAAAAGGAGGUACAUUCUUUCUGGCCUAUUAGCCUCCUCAACAGAGAUAAGGAUAUGAUAGAUAAGAUGGAAAGGGUGGUUAGAAGAAUAGAAUUUCUUGAAAAACAAAAAGAUUUCCUUGGUCUUGAAAAGACUACCAAGAAGAACUUCUUGUCAUGGAGAAUUCCAUCCACAUCUCUUGUGGAAGGUAAUAUAUAUGGCAGGGAAAAGGACCAACAGGAAAUAAUCAAGAUGUUAAAUGAUAAUAGAGAACAUCAGUUGUCUGUGAUUCUCAUUGUGGGCAUAGGUGGGGUUGGCAAAACAACUUUAGCUCAAUGGUUGUACAAUAAUGAAAACUUGAUGGAAGGGUUUCAAGUCAAAGAAUGGGUUUGCAUAUCUGAGGACUUUAAUAUUGUUGAGGCUACAAAGAAUAUUAUAGGUCAAACUGCUCAGAAUAUUGAGGAUUUCAACUCACUUCAACUUAAGUUGAAGGAGAAAUUGUCAGAAAAGAAGUUCUUUGUUGUUUUGGAUGAUGUUUGGAGUGAUGAUGGUGAUGUUUGGAAGAAAUUCAAAAUUCCUUUUCAAUAUGGGGCCAAGGGAAGUACAAUUCUUGUAACUACUCGUGUCAAAGAGGUUGCUUCUGUACUCCAAACUUGUCCUCCUUACAUUCUUAGUGAGUUGACUGAAGAAUGUUGUUGGUCGGUGUUCGCAAACAAUGCUUGUUUUCCAGAAUCAAAUGGGAGUUCAACACUAGAAGAAAUUGGUAGAAAGAUUGUCAACAAGUGUAACGGAUUGCCAUUGGCUGCAGAAACACUUGGACGCAUGUUGCGAACUAAACAUGAUGUUAAGGAAUGGGAAGCUGUAUUAAAAAGUGAUAUUUGGGAAUUUUCCAUCAAGAAUAGCAAAAUUAUUCCAGCAUUGUUAAUCAGUUAUUUCCAACUUCCUGCACAUUUAAAGCGUUGCUUUGUUUAUUGCUCAUUGUAUCCAAAAGAUCACCGUUUUCAUAAAGAUGAACUAAUCUUGCUCUGGAUGGCUGAAGAUCUUUUAAGGCCGCCGAAGAGAGGAGAGAGUUUAGAAGAGGUUGGUUGCGAGUGUUUUGAAGAAUUAGCUUCCAGAUUAUUUUUCAAACAAUGUGAGUACUUUGAUAGGUGUUUUGUGAUGCAUAACCUUUUACAUGAUUUAGCAUUGUUCCUUGCUGGAGACUUCUAUUGUAGAUUUGAAGAACAUGGAAAAGUAGAAAGUGUAACUACUUACACUCGCCAUUUGUGUUAUGAUAGUUUGAGUCAUCUGAUCUCAGAGCAUUUUGAUUCCAUCAAUAAAGUUGAAUCUUUGAGGACAUUUUUGCCUAUCAAUAUCUUUUCUCAUUCGGACAACAUUGAUAGUAUAACAUGUACCCUGAUAUUGAAGCUCAAAUAUUUGAGAGUUUUGUCAUUUCUCUCAUUUGAAGGACUUAAUGUAUUGCCUGAAUCAAUAGGUGAAUUAACCUACUUGCGUUACUUAGAUCUUUCUGAGACAAGUAUUAGAGCACUACCAGAAUCAUUAUGUGACUUGUACAAUCUACAAACAUUGAAACUGAAUGAGUGUUCUAGUUUGACCAUGUUACCCAAUGGCAUGCAUAAGCUUGUGAAUUUAAGACAUCUCAGUAUUAGAAGAACUUGUUUGAAAGAAAUGCCGGAAGAAAUGAGCAAAUUGAAACACUUGCACUUUUUAAGCUACUUUAUGGUGGGCAAGCAUGAAGACAAUGGAAUUCAAGAGUUAGGAGGGCUUUUAAAUCUUCAUGGAUCAUUCGAGAUUAAGAAAUUGGAGAAUGUUGUCGAUGCCAAACAAGCAAGGAGUGCAAGGAUGUUGGAUAAGAAUCACAUUGAGAACUUAUUGUUGGAAUGGUGUUCAGGUGAUGAUAUGGUUUCAAACACACAAACCGAAAGAGAUAUCCUCGACAGCUUGCAACCUCACCAUGGCUUGAAAGAGUUGAGAAUCAAGGGCUACAAAGGUACAAUAUUUCCAAAUUGGGUGGGACAUUGUUCUUACCAAAAUAUGACUAGUGUAUCUCUAUAUUCUUGUAACAAUUGUUGCAUGCUGCCUUCACUUGGACAACUACCAUCUCUUAAGUCCCUUCUCAUUCAAGGCUUUAAUCAGCUCAAGAGUAUUGGCAUGGAGUUUUACAAGAAUGAAGGUGAUUGUCAUUGUUUGCCAAUUGCACCGUUUCCCUCACUCGAGACAUUGGAAUUUUGGGAUAUGCCAUGUUGGGAAGUGUGGCAUUUAUCUGAUUCAGAAUCUUUUCCUCAUCUCAAGAAGCUUCAAAUAACAGAUUGUCCAAUGCUAAAGGGAGAUAUACUUAAUCAGGUAUUCUUGAGAGUCAUUUCUUCUUUGUCUUCAGAUGUUUCCAAAAUUUGCAAGCUAAGUAUACAGAAAGAUCAUAAAGGAAGGUCUCAAGAGAUGUUACUCAAGGGGGAUACUUUGUUAAUUAAGGGAUGUGAAUCUGUGAUGGGGUCUGCAUUUAAAGCAAUGAGCAUCAACCUUCUAACUUAUCUCCAAGAAAUACAAAUCUCAGGGUGUUCUUAUGCUGUAUCCUUUCGAGGCGAUUGUUUACCAAAAUCUUUGCAAAAGCUAACAAUCUUGAAUUGCAGCAAACUAGAAUUCCCUCAGCAGAAAUACAAUUUCAUGGAGCUAUACAUAAAAGACAGUUGUGAUUCACUGUCUUCAUUCUCAUUGGAUGACUUUCCAAAUCUCAAUAAUCUCAGAAUAGAAAAGUGUGAGAAUCUAAAAUCACUUUCAUUGUCACAACCACCACAUGCAGCUCUUAAACAUCUCUUCAUUGAUGACUGUUGCAAAUUUGUGUCAUUUCCGGUCGAAGGACUAGCUGCACCCAACUUGACUCAUCUCAGGGUCACUUAUUGCUACAAGUUGGAGUCAUUGCCUGCUAACAUGAAUACUCUUCUCCCAAAUUUACACUCAUUGGAGAUACAACGUUGCUCGGAAAUUUGUAAGUUGCCAAAGGGUGGUUUCCCUCCAAACUUGAAAGAGCUUAGUGUGGGAGGUUGUGAGGAACAAUUGAAGGGUCUAUCAUCAAUGUGUCACUUCAAUGCCCUUAUUGAGCUUACAAUUGAGGGCUAUUUUGGUGUGACAUCAUAUCCAAAGGUUGGUUCGCUGCCUCAGCUUCCCUCGCUUACCACUCUGCGCCUCUGGGGCUUUCUUGAUUUGGAAACAUUGGAGUGUGACCAGCUUCUUCACCUCACAUCCCUCCAACAAUUACACAUUCAAUGGUGUGUGAAGCUAGAGAACAUGGCAGGACAAAAGUUGCCUUCCUCUCUCUUACUACUUCAAAUUAUAGAGUGUCCUUUACUUGGAGAACACUGUAAGAAGAAGGAUGAACAAUACUGGUCCAAAAUUUUCCACAUCCCCACCAUUCAAGUUGAUGGUGAACAAAUUUUCUGACCAGGUAGCAUGUACCAAGGUAAUGAGUGCCAAGAUGGCUGAGAUUUCAUGAUACAUGUGUUUAGAAUCUUAUACAAUGGUAGCCAUAUUUACCUGAAAUAGUUGAAAAGGACACUCUAGUGAUUGAAAUAGUAGACAGAGGGUAAUGUUACAUUGAAAAACAUUUCUAUCAACUUCUCUUUGUGGUGAGCUUUUUUCUCUGCACCCAACUUGAUUCAUCUUACAAUCAUAGAUUGCAAAAAGCUGGAAGCAUUGCCAAGUGACAUGAAUACUCUUCUCUCCAAUUUACAGUCUCUCCACAUGCAACUUUGCUCGGAAUUUGUGAGGUGUCAGAGGGUGGUUUGCCUCCUAAGUUGAAAGAGCUUAGUGUGGGUUGUGGGAAACAAUUCAGGGCUCUAUCAUCCAUGGGCAACUUGGACUCUCUCACUCGUCUUAACAUUCAUGGCUAUGACGAUUAUAACUUUAAGUCAUACCCAAGGGUGGCUUCGUUGCCUCGGCUUCCCUCCCUUACCACUUUGUGUCUGUAUUUCCUUUGACUAUCUGGAGACUUUGGAUUGAAAUGAGCUUCUCUGCCUCGCCUCCCUUCAACAAUUACACAUUUCUUUCUGUGAGAAUCUGGAAAAUAUAGCUGGAAAAAAGCUGCAUUCUUCUCUAGUACUACUUCAAAUUAAAAACUGUGAUUUGCUGGGAGAACACUACAAGAACAAGCACCAAAAUACACAAGUUCUCUUUAAGUAUUCUCUCAAUUUUAUUAGAUACUCUUUUAAUUUUAUUAGAGAAGAAGAAGAAGCUCUCAAUUUUAUUAGGUACUCUCUCAAUUUUAUUAGAAGAAGAAGCGUUUGAAUUCUUGAAUUUUAGAACUUGUGUCUGUUUCUUACCUUUUUUUUUUUUGGCGUUUGAUUCUUGUUUUCGAACUGAUAAGUGUUUUUCUUACUUUCUUUGAAAAAAAUGCAUGUAUAAAUUGUAUAUAAAUGUGAGUAUAUAAGCCAAUGAGUUAUAGCUCAAAUGACAUAGUCUCCCCAUACUCAAUUAAGAGAUUGCGGGUUCGAGUC